UACACAAGGAGGAUACUACCAGCCAGGCAGCCAACCCCACCUAAUUUUGUGUCUCUCGCAUCUGCCUGUGUCCUGUUCGGUGCCACACGGUCACACUUAACCCACCUGCUCUUUCAAGCGCUUAGGACUCAUUCCACCCAGGCCAACUUGAUAUUUUAUUUCCCGUCUGUAAACACCUGUUACGUCUGGAGAUUCCUCAUACUAAAACCAGUACCAAAGAAGACUGCAAUGUUGACCUUAGCCAAAAUUGUGUUGAUUUCAAGUCUAUUCAUUUGGUUACCAUUUGCAAGGCCUGAGAAAAAGAAUCCAGGAAGAAAUGUAACUCAGUACACCACAGAAGAUUUAAAAACAGCGGGAAACCAAUCCAUUCCUUUGGAAAGAAGGACAAAUGUGACUUCAGAGAAUGACAAUAGUAAUACCUCCAAACCCACGGUGACAGAUGCCUCUGUUUUGGAUUUACCCACGACCUACGAAACAAUACAUUCUACCAGUAACUGGCCAACAGCUAGUUCUACUGAGGGCCCAAGACCCACCUCCACAUAUUCCAUCCCUCCCUUGACUCAUAGGUUCGUUUCCAAGUUGCCUUUGAACUCAUCCACAGCAGAUUUCUCAGCACAUUCCGAUCCUACGCAUUCUGCACCAUCAGAAAGUUUCACCUGGUCUCUGGACAAUGACACCAUGAACAUUCCUGACAAUAUUUCCAGUACAGACAACAUUCUCCCUCUGCCUCCGAUGACUACACCUGUGACCCCUCUGACAGAUGAACCUACUGGAUGGCCUGCCACAGACAAUGACAACUUUGCUGGUUUUACCAUGUAUCAAGAAAAAACAACUUUACAGCCUACCUUAAAAUUCACCAAUAAUUCAAAAUUUUUUUCCAAUACAUCAGACUCCCCAAAAGAGCAUAAGAAUACAGGAAUAGUAUUCGGAGGCAUUUUAGGGGCAAUUUUGGGUGCAUCCCUGCUUAGCCUUGUAGGCUACUUAUUGUGUGGACAACGGAAGACAGAUUCGUUUUCCCAUCGGCGACUUUAUGAUGACAGAAAUGAACCAGUCCUGCGAUUAGACAAUGCACCAGAACCUUAUGAUGUCAAUUUUGGAAAUUCUAGUUACUACAACUCAGCUGUGAGUGAUGCAUCCAUGCCAGAAGGCAGAGAAAGUAUACAAGAUGGCAUUCCCAUGGAUGAUAUACCUCCACUUCGAACCUCAAUGUAAAGAAAGCUAGGAGAAGAAUGGCUGCAGAGGGCAAGAAUUCAUCUUUAUCUUGACCUUUUAAUAAAUCCAUCUUUCAAGAGGCUCUGCGUCAUCACUGCUUGGCCAUCUGCACAGAGAGAGCUGCACAAUCAGGAGCUGUGCAGUGGAAACAGUGGAUACAUCACCUAAAAGCUCUCUCUCCUUACAGUCUUCAGCGGGGCUGAAGCAUGCGUUAUAUAAUCAUACUUUGUGUUUUGGUUUGUUUCUCUAGGAAACCUUUGUGGAAUAAGGUAAAAUUAAUACACAUCACCAUGGUAGCACUGACUGGAAACUUAAUAAUAACCAUUCUUCACACAAAAUCUAGGGACCAAAACUGCAUUUUCUUCAAAUAUUUUGUGUUUAAACCAGAAAUUGAAGUUAACUCUUCACUACUCUUGUCUGUAAUCUAGGACCACAAACCAAAUAAGCAUUUUCUUGGUGCAUAAUUUGAAUGGUUAUUAAUGUUUGUUUGUUUAUUUCAAAGCCAGAAAUAUGAUAUAGUAGAGUUUCUGAUCCUUAGGAAUAAGGCAUUAAGAAUGAAAGCAUUGUUAUCUUAUAAUACAUUUCACUUUUAUACAAUAGCACACACAUGGUCAGUUCCUUUGGUUGACCAGUUGACAAUGAAUGCAUUCAUCUGGGCCAGCAGGCAAAAUGAUUCUAGCCAGGAAAGCGAUAGCUUCCCCAAGCGUUCUUAAAGUCCUUAAAGCAAUUCCAACUUGGAUGAGUACACAUCAGGUUUCAGUUAAUUAGGCUUUUUAGAUUCUCAAUGAGAAACAGGAGGAAAAGGCUAAAGAAUAUACUUACUCAUAAUUUCUCUGAUUUUAACUUGCUAGCUAAGAAUAGAAGUUGCAAUAUAUUAUACGUUUUUGUUCAGUCAUAUGUGAAACAAUCUGUCUUUCUGUAGGUAUGGAAUACAGGGCAAAACAAGUAAAAUCAUCAAGCAAACUCAUCACCACUUCUUGUAUCAGUAAGAAUGUAAGAGACUCAAUUUUGAUUUUAAGUGUGUUUUAGUUUGUCUUUGAAGGUCUAAGCCUCAGAGAUUAGAGGAUUAAAUAAGAGUUACAUUCCCAAGGAGUGAAUGUAUGAAGAGGCCAAGCAAAGCAAGCACCAUCUUUAGAGAUUUUAUUGCUGAAUCAAUAUUUGGUGUGAGUGUCACUUACAUGUGCACAUCUGUGUAUGUGUGUGUGCGACAUGCGCUCGUGUACAUAUGUGUAUGCAGCACAGAAAUAUUGUUAGAAAGUCCGAGUUGGAAAAUGAAUAAUGAAAGAAAAUACUUACCCCAUAUUGCCAUAAAAAUAGCAAAGAAGACUGUUCCUCCGUUAUCAAACAAAUAUGUUACCUUAAUAGAAAAAAUAGAAACAUUAAUCAUACUAAAGACUGUACUAAAAUAGAAGUUAUUGCUUGCAUUAGGUACUGUGAUUUCUCCCCAGUUUCUACCACAUUAUAUAAUCUAUUAAUCUAUUCAUCUGCGAUCUUCACUGGUCCUUCAAUAGUUUAUGUAAUUUCCUCAUGGGCAGAGAUAAAGAAACAGAUUAUUUUUCUAUUGUCUUCCCGCUCAUUCCUUUGUACCCCACCUUUAUUUUAGGUUUGAAGUGUUUCUAGAUCCUCAAAGAAGCCAUUUUAUACCAUAGUCAAACAACUUAACACUGUGAAACAUAAAAUAUUAGUGUGUAAGUUAAAACGUUACAAGUUUCCAGAAUGGAGAAGACAGAAAUCUGGUAGUGAGCAAACUUCUUCAAUUGAAUUCUGCUAUGGUACGGUUCCUGAUCUUUCAUGUCCUUCAAAAUGCCAUGGGUCCAGUAUUGAUUUAUUUCAUGUAAAGAGU